UAAUUAGGUCAGGCCGGCCCUUUACUGCUGACAGUGCUAGGGUGGCCAAAAAAAGCCGUUCGGGUCGGAGGAGUGCAGGGAGGAGAGGGGGUUUGGCGUGGAAGCAGCUAAAAUGGCCAGCAAAGUGGCAGAUUUGUUGUACUGGCGAGAUGUGCCUAAAACGGGCCUGGUGUUCACAGGACUAGUGGUUGGCCUGGCUUGUCUGUUCCAGCUCAGUGCCAUCUCUGUGCUGUCCAACCUGGGCCUGGGCAUCAUGGCCUUCACUCUCCCCGUGUGCCUCCUCUACAAAGCCAUGACGGUGGUCCACCUCAGUGAUGGAGAACAUCCCUUCCAGUCCUAUUUGGAUGAGGACAGCACUUUGACAGAUGAGGACACAGUUCGUGUUGUGGAGAAGAUCGUUCUCCUGAUCGCCACUCUCAUCACAGAGCUGAAGAGACUGUUCUUCGUCGACAGCAUUGUGGACUCAGUGAAGUUCAUUGUGCUGCUGUACCUGUUGACUUAUGUGGGGGCCCAAACCAAUGGUCUUACUCUUGUGAUUUCUGGUGUGAUUUGUGCUUUCUCUCUGCCUCUGGCCUACAGACUUCAGCGGGAACGGAUCGACAAGAUUAUCAAAGCAGUCAAAUUAUUAGUGACGAGAGUCACAGAGAUGGUUGAGCUUGUGGUGUCGUUGGCCAAACCUCCUCCAGCUCCGGCUCCUGCGCCCUCCCCUGCUCCUACUCCCAAACUAAAGCUCAAGGCUAAAUGAGCAGGAUGAGGAAUUGAAGGCAGAGAGUGAGUGAGGGAAAGAAUAAGGAGAGACAGUCUUACUGUGUCCAUGCUCUUACAGUUAGGGCCUCUUUGCGGGGUGUAAGAUGAAGUGUGAGGUACCGAAGGGUCUUGACUGAAAGACUGGAGAGUUAUUUCUUAAAUAUCUUAUGGUGCUCUGACUUUAUUAUAUUUUACUAUUAGAUUUCAGCAACUUGUGUCUGUGCUGGUUCCUAAUGAACACUUUUGGAAAUGAAGGUACAAAACUGUCACUGGGGCAGUACCCCUCUUGUCACUGGGGUGGUACCCUCAAGGGUACAUCUCUGUACCUUUAGUCAGGGAACAUAAUUGUACCAUAAUCCACUGAAAUUCUAUUUUUUAAAUAUUAGGUUAUGAAAAGAUACACAUUUGUACUUUUCCACAAUUGGACCUUAAAACCACUGUUGUACCUUUGAGGGUACAUUUACAUUGUACCUUGAUGAACAGAAAUGUACUGGCACAGCACCUUUAUUUCUAACAGUGAACCACCAUGAAACAGUAACAGCUGAUCUAAGAGGAAUUAAUGUGAAACCACUGUCAAUCCAUGUAACUACAUAAUGCAACUGUAACAUGAUUAAAGAUUUACAUUUGAUUAAAGAAAUCUUUUUCACUUGGCAAUAACA